UAGCGGCAUCUGUGACAGACCAUAAGAAACUUUACUUUCUGACCGGUUCCCUGCAUUUAAAACAGAAGAUUGGAUUACACUGGUCGAGUGCUUUGAAGCAACUUUUUAUUCCGGAUAUUUUUAAAGAAAAAAACAAAACCCUUUCAAUAAUAUGGGAAAAGAAAAUUUGAACUUUUUGACUGUUUGGAUAUUUUUGGGAAAAAUCUUUGCAACUUUUUCUUCUGCUCCUACCCUCAGCACCCCUACUGUGUUUGUAAACAGCACAGUCGGUGCCACAACGCUGCCCACCACCACUGACUGGAUCUCAGACUUCACAGACAUUCAAUCCAAGUUCUCCCUGCGUACAGCAGAAAUCCCAGAUGAUGACAUGUGCUACAUUGUGCCCGGCCAGCCCGAAACCAUCAAAGACUGUAAAUUCAACCCAGAAACGCAGACUUUUGUCGUGAUUCAUGGCUGGACGGUAACAGGGAUGUACGAGAGCUGGGUGCCCAAGCUUGUGUCAGCUCUUUAUGAACGGGAGCCCACUGCCAAUGUGAUCGUGGUGGACUGGCUGGUUCGUGCCAGCCAGCACUACCCCACCUCUGCCGCCUACACCAAACUGGUGGGCCGUGACGUUGCCAAGUUUGUUAGCUGGAUACAAAAAGAGCUGCAGCUGCCCUGGGAGAGGAUUCAUCUUCUGGGUUACAGCCUGGGAGCACAUGUGGCUGGAAUCGCCGGAGACCUCACUGACCAUAAAAUCAGCAGGAUUACAGGUCUUGAUCCUGCUGGUCCCACUUUUGAGCAUGCAGACAACAAGAGCACCCUAUCCAAAGAUGAUGCCCAGUUUGUGGACGUCCUGCACACCAACACCAGGGGAUCCCCGGACCGUAGUAUCGGCAUCCAGAGACAAGUGGGCCACAUCGACAUUUACCCCAACGGAGGAACUUUCCAGCCGGGUUGCGACAUCCAGAAUACUCUGCUUGGGAUUGCAUCUGCGGGACUAAAAGGCCUCCAAAAUGUGGACCAGCUUGUCAAAUGUUCCCACGAGCGCUCCAUCCACCUGUUCAUCGACUCCCUGCUCAACACGGAGCAGCAGAGCUUGGCUUUCCGCUGCAAGACCAAAGAAGCCUUCAACAAGGGGAUGUGUCUGAGCUGCAGGAAGAACCGCUGCAACAAGCUCGGCUAUAACAUCAACAAAGUACGCAUGACCCGCAGUGUCCCAAUGUACCUCAAGACGCGGGGAGUGAUGCCUUACAAAGUUUUUCACUAUCAGGUGAAGGCUCACUUCUUUAGCAAGGACUCCCUGAACUUCACUGAGCAGCCGAUGAAGAUUUCUCUUUUUGGGACUGAUGGAGAGAAGGAGGACAUUCCCUUUGUUCUGCCGGCCCUUGAGACUAACACCACUCUGUCUUUCCUCAUCACCACCGAUGUGGACAUCGGAGACUUGAUGAUUGUGAAGCUACGCUGGGAGAAGGAUACGCUCUUAAGCUGGUCAGACUUGUGGAACAGCAGGCAGUUCCACCUGCGAAAACUGCGCAUCAAAUCUGGGGAACACCAGUCCAAGGUGAUCUUCAGUGCAAAGGAAGGAGAGUUUGCCUACCUGGUCAGAGGAGGUGAAGAUGCUGUCUUCGUCAAAUUAAAGGAAGACAACAGGAGCCGUGAGGAGAGGAAGAUGCACAGGCUGAAAAUGAAGGGCAGCUCUUUUGGCAAGAAUAAUGCUUGAAGUUGCACUUAAACAUCCACCUGCCCAUCAUGCAUGCCAAAGAUCAAGAGCACACAGAGACACUGGGAAUGCUGUGGCAAGUUACUGGACUUAAACUGAAUGCUUCUGAUUUUCCUUUCUGCUGUGCCUCUUACUGCUUCCAACAUGACCUUACCCACAGAGCUGGAAAACCAGUCGACUAAGCAGCUCUCUCUCCUGUCUCUGCAAUGUGUGCUGCUGGAAAAUGUUACAAGUGCUCUUUUUAUAAUGUGCUCAGAUUUGACAACUUUCAGUAGAUAUGCAUAUCUUUGUAAUCAUAUUGUAAGCUUUGUAGACCAUUUGUAGGGAUUUUGAAGUGUUAUGAAGUGCUGUGUUUAGUUUGCCUAUUUGAACUUGGAUUAUUGUUCAUGUAUAAAUGAUUCAGAGUGAAAGGCACAAUUUAGGCACAUCAAAUUAUUUUUUUCAUCCCUUAAAUGUACACAAUGAACAUUUAUCUCUCAUAUUUGUCUUUACCUAACCAGUGAUUGCCAGGGACCAAAGAAGUAUCAACUAUGUACUGAGCAGAGAAUAACAGCAGUCUUUGUAAAUACCUACUUUAAUCAGUAUUAUAUAUAUAUUUUUUGAAUACGAGUAACUUGUUAAUAUGUGAUCCCUUGAAACUUUGCCUGUUCUUUAAAUGCGUUUUGGUUACUGUGUCACUGGUCACUUUAGAAGGCUCUCUUUCCCCCUGCAUGAAGCAGUUUUUGGCCUUUUCACAAAAUUUAACUCGUGGUCACUUGUUGGGGUCCAGUACCAUCUAGGUGCUCCCUUUACUUCAUAAAUGGGCCAACAGUUUCUCAUUUGCAACAUUUUACCUCACUGACUCAGUGAACAACAUGUCCUUAUUUUGAAAGGUCAGACAUUGCUAACACUGCAGGUAAACAUGCAGGUGAUUUGUGCUGCACUGACCUACAUGAUAGCCAUAAUACAUCUCAAGAAUACUUCAUACUGUAUUUAUUGAAUGUACAUUUAUAUAUUUGUAUAUUAAGCUGUAAUAUAUUUCUGCAGGCUUCGGUUGUCAUUUGUGUGUUUUUUUUAAAUGUUGCAUUUUGUGAUUGAAUGCUUGAAGGCUUGGGAAGGACCAAUGAAAUUGGUCUCUUCUCCAGCUGUUCAGUGCAUUUACUUUAAUACACUGAAAUGCAGUGCACUGUUUAAAUGAAGAGCCGAAGAUGGUUUAAUAAAGAGAUAAAUUACAUAUUUCUA